AUGAUCACCUGGCAGAUACUCACACAGCUGUUUGAUACCGUCAAGGCGAAAGACGAUAGCUCAGUAGAACACACUGAUGUUGAUAAGAUGGAAUUUGACAAGUUGAAAUAUACGAAGGACUUCACUGGCUCAAUUGACAAGACUGUGCUGGCAAUGAAGGGAGACAAGGCGAUUGUGACUAUUUCAUCAGUGAAACUGUACUCAAAACCAAAGAAGAGUGACUCAUCUAAGAAAGAUGAUUCAAAGAAAGAUGAUUCUAAGAAAGACAGUUCUAAGGAUAAGAAGAAGGGUGAAGAGGAUGAUACCGAUAAGGCAAGCAGCAGUAGUGGAAUCACUGCUGAUGAUUUGGACGUAGAGAAGAUCAUCACCGAACCAAAGAAGAUGAUCACUGGUGACGUGACCCUUUCAUCGAUCAGCAGCGUGCUUGACGACAAGGACGUGCCAAGUCAGGCAGACUGGGACAAAAUGAGCGAUACGCAGAAGAAGGAGUUCCUGGAGAGCAAGGUGGCCUUCAAGGAGUUCAAGGUCGACCUGUCUGCUGCGAUUGAGGACGAGAACACGCUCAACGUGCUCGAGUUCCUCUGCGUUGGGGCGGACCAGAAGGAGUUUCUGGUGCAGAGCAAGGUGAUUCUGGCUGAAGAAGGCGGAAAGUACAAGUUUGCUUCUGGAACGGCAAUUUACAAGCAGUGGUGGUUCUACGCCCUGAUUGCAAUUGCACUGGUUGCAUUGCUCCUGGUCUUUGUGAUGUGCUGCAAGGGAGACUAA